GGUGGGUGCGAGGGUGGCGGACUCCCGGCUCCGGUCCGCUCUCGCGGCCGCCCCCGCGCUCCGCGUCUCCUGCCCCCUGGGAACGGGCUGCGGCCGGGGGACGGGUGGGCUGCAGGCACACAGAGGCGGCCCAAGGGUUCUGUAUGCAUGGAUAUCACCUGAAUCUUCUUAGCAGACCUUAAAUUGUGUGUCAGCUUACCCUAGCCAUGAGUGGCUCCAAACCUGAUAUCCUGUGGGCCCCACACCACGUGGACAGAUUUGUUGUGUGCGAUUCAGAGCUGAGCCUUUAUCACAUCGACUCUGCUGUGAGUUCAGAGCUCAAGGCAGGGUCCUUGCGGCUGUCGGAGGAAACUACGGCCACGCUGCUCUCCAUAAAUUCGGACACGCCGUACAUGAAAUGUGUGGCUUGGUAUCCCAAGUACGAUCCCGAAUGUCUCCUUGCUGUUGGGCAGGCCAACGGCCGGGUGGUGCUUACCAGCCUCGGGCAAGAUCACAACUCAAAAUCCAAAGAUUUGAUAGGCAAGGAGUUUGUUCCCAAGCACGCUCGGCAAUGCAAUACCCUGGCGUGGAACCCCCUGGAUAGCAAUUGGCUUGCUGCUGGCCUAGAUAAACAUCGGGCUGACUUCUCCGUGCUGAUCUGGGAUAUCAGCAGCAAGUACGCCCCAGAGACUGCAGUUGCUGCAGAGAAAGUGAGGCUUUCAGCAGGAGAUGCGGAUGCAGGCCUGGUAGUCACAAAGCCACUGUAUGAAUUAGGACAGAAUGAUGCUUGUCUCUCUCUCUGUUGGCUUCCACGGGAUCAGAAACUGCUCUUAGCUGGAAUGCAUCGAAAUCUGGCUAUCUUUGAUCUUAGGAACACAAGCCAAAAAAUAUUUGUGAACACCAAGGCUGUCCAAGGAGUGACUGUUGAUCCCUAUUUCCACGAUCGUGUUGCUUCCUUCUAUGAAGGUCAGGUUGCCAUAUGGGAUUUAAGAAAGUUUGAAAAGCCUGUUUUGACCCUGACAGAGCAACCAAAACCCUUAACAAAAGUUGCAUGGUGUCCAACAAGGACUGGACUGCUUGCUACUUUAACAAGGGAUAGUAACAUCAUUAGACUGUACGACAUGCAGCAUACUCCCACCCCUAUUGGAGAUGAAACUGAGCCAACAAUAAUUGAGAGAAGUGUCCAACCAUGUGAAAAUUACAUUGCUUCAUUUGCCUGGCAUCCCACAAGUCAAAAUCGAAUGGUAGUAGUGACUCCCAACAGGACUAUGUCCGACUUCACGGUUUUUGAAAGAAUUUCUCUUGCGUGGAGCCCAGUGACAUCCUUAAUGUGGGCUUGUGGACGACAUUUGUAUGAGUGUACAGAAGAAGGAAAGGCUAGUUCCUUGGAAAAAGACAUAGCAACCAAAAUGCGCCUCAGAGCUCUGUCAAGGUAUGGUCUUGACACUGAACAAGUUUGGAGAAAUCACCUUCUAGCUGGAAAUGAAGAUCCUCAGCUGAAAUCGCUUUGGUACACUCUGCAUUUUAUGAAGCAGUAUACUGAAGAUAUGGAUCAAAAACUUACAGGAAACAAAGGUCCCUUAGUUUACACUGGCAUUAAAUCAAUUGUGAAGUCAUCUUUGGGAACAACAGAGAACCUCAGGCACAGCAGGAGUGGAUCUGAUAGACAGGCAGAUAUUAUUCAAUAUCUGAGUGAGGAGAGAUCUUUGGCUUUGCAGCUCUGUGGGUGGAUAAAGAAGGGAACAGACUUAGAUGUGGAACCUUUCCUAAAUUCAUUGGAACAGGAGGGAGACUGGGAGCGAGCAGCUGCUGUAGCACUUUUCAACUUGGACAUACGGCGAGCAAUACAAAUUCUGAAUAAAGGGGCUUCCUCGGGAAAAGGUGAUCUGAACCUUAAUGUCGUAGCAAUGGCUCUGUCAGGCUACACAGAUGAGAAGAACUCACUUUGGAGAGAAAUGUGCAGUACUCUAAGACUGCAGUUGAACAAUCCCUACUUGUGUGCUAUGUUUGCUUUCCUGACGAGUGAGUCGGGUUCAUAUGAUGGUGUUUUGUAUGAAAAUAAUGUAGCUGUACGAGACAGAGUGGCAUUCGCUUGCAAGUUCCUCAAUGAUGCUCAGCUCAACAGGUUUAUUGAAAAGCUGACAAAUGAAAUGAAAGAGGCUGGGAAUUUGGAGGGAAUACUGUUAACAGGGCUGACAAAAGAUGGAGUUGAUUUGAUGGAAAGUUAUGUUGAUAGAACUGGAGAUGUCCAGACAGCAAGCUAUUGCAUGCUACAGGGUUCCCCAUCAGAUGUACUUAAGGAUGAAAGGGUUCAGUACUGGAUUGAGAACUACAGGAAUCUUUUAGAUGCCUGGAGGUUUUGGCAUAAACGUGCAGAAUUUGAUAUUCAUAGAAGUAAGCUGGAUCCCAGCUCAAAGCCUUUAGCCCAGGUGUUUGUGAGUUGCAAUUUCUGUGGAAAAUCAAUCUCUUACAGCUGUUCAGCUAUUCCUCAUCAGGGGCGAGGUUUUAGCCAGUAUGGAGUCAGCGGUUCUCCAACCAAGUCCAAAGUUACGAGCUGUCCUGGCUGCCGAAAGCCCCUUCCCCGCUGUGCACUUUGCCUAAUAAAUAUGGGAACCCCAGUUUCCAGCUGUCCAGGAGGAUCCAAGUCAGAUGAAAAAGUGGAUCUUAGCAAAGACAAGAAGUUAGCCCAGUUCAACAACUGGUUUACUUGGUGUCACAACUGUAGGCAUGGUGGACAUGCUGGCCAUAUGCUGAGCUGGUUCAGGGACCAUACUGAGUGCCCAGUUUCUGCCUGCUCUUGUAAGUGUAUGCAGCUGGAUACAACAGGGAAUCUCGUUCCAGCAGAGACUGUCCAGGCAUAAAUACUGUUAGAAAAUGUUUGGCUCUCUAAUGGAUGUCCAUCGUAGUCCAAGCAGAUAUUUUAGACAAAGGUAAUUUGUGACUUACUGUGAAAAAAUAAAUUGCUAUCAAAGUACUAAAAUGAUGUGUGUAUGACUGUGCUUGGUAGAAACAGGUAUUUCUGAAGUGAGCCUAUAGGUACAGUGCAUGGCCCUUAUUCAGAGAACUGAAGAAGAGCACUCCUGGAAUUGUGGACUCUUUGAAUUUGCUAAAAUGCAAAGAAAACCUUUAUUAAAAAAGUUUUCAGGAUAAUUCUGAUUGGUCCCAAAGCUGAGUUUAUAUGCUGUGAAAGCAGACCUUCAAAAUAAACACUUGAAAAGAGGAUGGCAAAGUUAUGCUGUGGAUUCCUCUGUUCAUUGUUUGACCACUGUCUUGUAUGCAAAUAUUUGUUUGUUUCCUUGUAGUUUAUUCAACGUGCCACUGCUAACUGCCUUCUAAACAUUUUUAUUUUAAAGAAAAAUCCUUUUCUUUCUGUUCCCAGGUUUUGUUGAUAGUAAAGCAAUGUCUUUACAAUUCAAGUUCUUACUAAAGUAGGCUACAUAUCUAGCUGAUGCAGAUUUUAAUGCUGAAGAGUUAGGGGUUUCUCCUAGCAAUGACUGUAUCCUAGAGAAGAGUUCCCUGAGAAGUCAUGUGACUGUUUCAGUGCAGGGUAAACUAUAGGAGGUUCUAUCUGAUACAUUUUUAACUGAGUACUGUGAAGAUUUGAAAUCUCAAGGACUGGAGACUUGUAAAUACGUAAGUUUGAAACUACAUGCAGAGUUUUGACUACAAAAAUAUUUGAAGACUUUGAGAUAAUCAGCAUUUCCCUGUACUUCUGAAAUAUAGUGAGAAGUGUGGAACCAACCUGUAUAAAUCGUGCUUCUGGUCACUAGUGGACACCCAUCUGCUCCCAAUUUUGAGUAACUGAUCAGAGUACUUCUAGAUGUAAGAACUUAAUUCCAGUUACCAGCUGGAAUUAAGAUUAUUUAUUAACUUGAGAGAACAUCAAUGAUAUUUUGCUAAUCCUGUGCUAGGAGCUAAUUGGUAUUGUUGUCCUUGACUUUGUAGGCAACAUUCACACAAAUUAGG